AUGACAAACGACAUGAGAUCAUCUGUUCCUAGUUUAAUUUGCUCAACGCAGAGAAAUCAAAUUUUUUUAAUAGAAUUGAAAACUUUGAUGAAACAACAUCUAAUGAUUAACGAAACUGUACAACUGCUAAACAUAAUCUUCAGCUUGCAACUUCUUGCAACUGCAACCGUGACCUUUAUUCAAAUUACUCGUGAACUAUAUGAUUCCAUAGUGCACUGGCAAGGUGAUUUAAUCAUUACUUUUGAUCAGCAUUUUCUUGAUGCGUUUUCGACAACCAUGGUGCAUUAUGUUAUGAAAGUAGUGCCAAUUGUAUGGGCCUGUGAGACCGGCAAAAAUCAAGCCCGAGAGAUCAGCACUACCAUUUACGACGUACUUAAUAAUACAAGAGAUGAGCAAAUCAAAGGCGAGUUGCAACUCUUUUCUUUGCAAAUACUGCAUUGCAAAAAUACAUUUUUGACGAAAGGUCUCGCUAUGGACGCGACACUUCUCGUAGCAAUGGUGGGUGGUAUUACGACAUACAUGUUAAUUUUGAUACAAUUUCUAUUCGCGGCACAUUCUUGUGAUGAAACAUUUGGAAUUAGUAUUACAAAUAAUUCAGUUAUAUAA